CGCCCCAUGACGUCAACUCAGUCACGACCCUGUCGGCUGCUUUUUACGUUGGACCGGUCUUGUCUUCGAGAUUGAGUUGAAGCUUUAAACUUUUGAUAUUGUUUACAUAUGGAGAACAUGUUUUGUUAACUUAAACUUCACACUUAUUAUAACUACUAAUUAUUAAUAGUUUUUGUCUAAAAUCGUUAUUACAUUUAAGUUAGCAUUCUUGUUGAGUGGUUUGUAUAAGAAAAUUGUGUUUUAGUUUUUUUCUCCUUUUGCCAGUAAUUUGGUAAUUAUGAAGCUUACUACUCAAGCAUAUUGUAAGAUGCUUCUUCACACUGGCAAGUAUCCUCAUUGUGCUGUAAAUGGUGUUUUGGUUGCUGAGAAGGCUGAUGCCAGAAAACGCCGGGAAGGAGAGCCAUUACUUCUAAUUGACUGUAUACCUUUGUUUCACGGCACGUUGGCCCUUGCUCCUAUGCUGGAAGUAUCUUUAAGUUUGAUUGAUUCCUGGUGUAAAGAAAACAGUUACGUGAUCGGUGGAUAUUACCAAGCAAAUGAACGUGCAAAGGACUCCAGCCCUGACCAAGUUGCUGAAAAGGUGGCGUCAAGGAUUGCUGAGGGGUGUAAUGAUGCAACGCUUAUCAUGGUGGACAACAACAGGUUAUCCGUGGAGUGUGAAGAUCCAGCCAUUAUUGUGUAUGAACACAUAGACAACAAGUGGAAACGAAGAGAUAUGCACAGCGAUUAUUGUGAAGACUGGCAUGAAGCUCAGAGGAUUACAGCCAAUCUGCUUGAUUGCAGGUCUUAUGAAAGUCUUGUGGACUUUGAUAACCACAUGGAUGAUAUUAGGAAUGACUGGACAAAUCCUGAGAUCAAUAAAGCCAUUCUCCAUUUGUGUUAAGCAGUCUUCUCUUUUCGUGGGCAUUUCCAAUAGACUUGACAAAAUUUAUUUUUAAAUGCAGGAAUGAUGAUCUGUAGUGUGGACAGAAUUAAAAAGUGAACUGUUUGUGUAUAUGUACAUAAAUUUGGCAGCUUUAAAAGUUUUUUUAUAGGAAUGCAGUUUCUGAUGCAGGUACCGUGUUUUAUGCGGUCCGAGUAGUUUUGAUGUUUGUGUAUCAGAAUGUAACAUUCCUGGAGGGUUAUUUAUAUUUCACAUCAGGAUUACUAUUUUAACCCUUUACCUUAUACCUGUUCAGAAGCAGCAUUUUCUGAUUUUUUUUUAACACACUAAGAAAGAUGAUUACAAUGAUUACUUUAUGGAAGUUUGCUACAAGUGGCAGUAAACAUAACUGAAAAUUAUGAAGUGGUAAUGCUUUUAUAAAAAAAAUUACAGAAUCUG